AUGGCCGCUAGUGAAUUUCGAGAAGUGCUUGAAGAAUUGAAGGAAAACAACAAGAUGAGGAUCAAUUUGCUGACAAUGCUGGCUGAGGAAAACCAAGACGAAGCGCCGGGAAUCGUCGAUGUCAUCGAGCAGAGAAUUGAGCAGGUCUCCCGAGAGCAGAAACUACCCAUCCUCUAUGUGACUGACAGCAUUCUCAAAAACAUCAAAGGCGACACUUACAAGAAGGAAUUCAAAAGGAUCAUUCUGAAAUGUUUUGUCAGCACAUUCAAAGCAGGAGAUGAAAAGAUUCGCGGUUCUAUGUACAACUUGCGAAGAACAUGGGGAGAAAUUUUUCCCAAGUCAAAGUUGUACGAGCUCGACAUGGCGGUCAAAGAGAUCGAUCCAGCAUGGCCGAUUGCAGCAGGGGGAGGAGCUCAACAGGCACCGGCUCAACCAGCUCAAGGAGCUGUACACGUGAACCCAAGGUUCAUUGUUCCAAACAGUCGUCCAAUGCCACCGCAAAGACAACAGCGACCACCUGAGAAUGCAGCGCCUACUUCAGCAAUCAAAAGGCCAACUACAUCAAUGCCGAAAACUUCCGCCGCUGCGAGUCAAAAGCUUCCGCCCAAACAACCACCACCCUCAAACUCUACAUCCAAAGAAACAUCUAAACCGAAAUCCAUUCUGAAAGAAGUAAAGACAGAGCCGAUGGAGGAAACAGCUUCGGUUUUUGUUGAUGAGCCCCCUGUGAAGCGGACAAGAACUCCAGAGGUUAAGAAAGAACCUAUGGAUACUUCGGAACCAUCAAGGCAUCGUAAGCGGCAUUUUAACGAAAACAACGACAUGGGAAUUCAACAGAGAAACAGCCAAUCGCCUCCAAUCAUUGUGCCAACAGUGGCUCCUGGAGCUCAUGCGUUUGCAGUCCCACCUCAAACGCUUGCUCAGCAAAUGCCUCAACAAGCCAUUUUUCCAAGUCAACAGCAUCAACAAGGGCCGCCUGCCUUUUCUCACUACAUGAACAUGCCACCAGCUGGUUUUCCGACUGGCGCUCAAAUAAAUACACACCCAGCUCAACCAUCAUCAACCAUGGCACCAGCCAGAGUGCCAGUCCAAUUAAAGCCUCCAUCAGAAAUCAGUCAAUAUCCGGCUCCAACACCCACACCCGAUCCAACUGCAUCGUCAUCCCGCCAAGCUCCCGUGAUCGCACACGAUGUCGUUAAACUUGAGGGAGUGCCUGCGAACAAUAGAAUAUUUGUUGAAGGAAAGGCACAUGAGGUGUUCUACGUUGAAAACACUGCGGUGAUUGAAAGAAAUGGCCUACCGCACCGCAUCUACUUUUCUGGGCCGGCUAAGAAUGUGAUAAUCGACGGUGUUGUUCAUCUACUGGGAUUUAACGAGACAAAGGCAAUUUUUAUUGAUGGCGAAGAACAUAAAAUACGCUUUGGUGCCCCAUCUCGAGAGCUUAUCAUGGGAGAUUUUCCCUUUAAAGGCGCUUUUGGUGGUGCCCCAAUCUUUGCUACGAUCAAUGGAGUACGACAUGAAAUUCGUUUGAGUGGACCGCCACCUGAGGUUAAAAUUGAACCCACGCCAUCUUAUGAGCUCUCGAGAUUUCUUCCGGAAUUGCGCAAAGCUCAACCUCAACAACCUGAGCCCAAAAAGGAAGAGUCUGUUGAUCCGUUGGCUGCUCUUUUGAAUAGUGUGAAGAAAACCUUGCUGAGUAGUCAAGCGGCCAAACGUCUUUCUCCACCGAUUGAUUCUACGCCAACAUUACCACCAACAGCAAAGGGAAUCGAAAGACGGAAAAAUCCGCCCAGUCUCAAGGAAAUCAAUUUGCAAUUGCUUAAAGUGCGCUAUGAUUCUGUCAUCACGGGUAUUCAUCAAGAGCGAGAAUGCUGUCCACAUUGCGGAAUGCGCAAAGAUGUUUUCAAGGGAGACAAAUAUCGUAAGCACCAAGAUUGGCACAUAAAGAGGAAUCUUCGACUUUUUAACAACGUUAGUAAAAGUCGUCCGUGGUUAAUUGGACUCAAGGCAUGGACUCAGGAUACUGGUAUAGAGGAGGACCAGGAAGAAGAGGAAGAAAAGACAAAGAUUGCAAGUCAACCAAAAGUACAAAAAAUGAGCACCGCUGAGACAGAAUCAAGGUGUUGUGCGUCUUGUUCACUCGAGUUUAAACGCGAUUUUGAUGAAGAGGAAGAAAAAUGGACCUUACUAGAUUGUGUUAUGGUGAAUGGAAAGACAUAUCAUCAGCAAUGCUUAUUGGAUGCUUCAUUGACAGAGCCGCCUUCAAAAACGAUGAUCAAAGAAGAACCAGAAUCAGACAAAUCCGAUAUAAAGAUUUUUAAGCUUGACAUU